UAUGGGAAUGCUGGAAAAAGCCUGUGCUGCCGUGGAGAAAGCAGCUAAAGGCGGUGGAGUGUAUCCUGAAGUCUUGUUUAAUGUAGCUCGUCAGUGGUCCUGGUUAUUUGAGAAAUCCUGUCAUAAAUCUAAUGAAAGUUCUUUGUCAAAUUGUGUCGCAAUUCCGACAAAUUCUCAAGUGACUGUAACUGCAGAUAGUACUAAUUUUAUUACUCAUGUGAGCGAGUCUCUUCCAAUGGAUGAAAGUAUGAUGAAUGCUGCUAUGGGGGGGAUAUCACCAAGCUAUACAACCGCUGUCACGUAUGCACCGAUGUAUGCAGAGUUUAUACCCAUUAAUACUUACUGUCAAAGACCUGGAUAUGAUCAGCCAAUGCCAGUGACUGUAACACCUCCUAUGUCAACAUCAGCUGUUGUGACAGUGACCAGUCCACAAGCCAUGCCACCUGCAUAUAUUCCACAGUAUGCCUAUCAAACUGCACCACCACCACCACCCACAGCCACAGCACCUCCACCAUCACACUAUGCUACACAGGUACCAACAUGUUUACCAAUUCCUAUGUCAUCACAUUUCCACUAUGUACCACAACCACCAACAGUAACUCAACCACCUCACAUUCCAGCACCAAUAUCCUAUGCACAUCCAUCACAGGCUCAGUUUACUCUACCAUCACCCCAACUUGCUCAGACGAACCAAAACUGUACACCUGUGGCUGUGGUAGCAUCUCCAACCAAUCAACAAGCUCUAUACUACCUACAUUCAACCUUUCGUGUGGGUAUGCUAGCCAUGGAGACUCUCGCAAGACGAGUACAUGAUGAACGACCACAAACACGAUUUGCUAGAAGCCCUCCUUACGGUGAUGACAUCAAGUGGCUGCUAAAUGUUGCCAUGAAACUAGGUACAUCAUUCUUACAACAAUUCUGCGUCAGUGCUGUUAACAUCAUCGUUAGUCCAUUUAUACUACAAGAAAUUGCGAUAGAAUCAGCGCACUACUUGACACAAACCAAUCAUGCUCAAGUAUCAGCCAAUCUACGAUCUCCUAUUCUCAGUCCUAUUGUCCAGAAAUGCCUUCAGAUGUAUACACAGUGUAUACACCAGCGUUUAUUCCAUAUUGCUCCAAAUGAGUAUGAUGAAUUUGUGAAUAUUGUACGAUCUGCAAGGGGUGCAUUCUCCAUGGUUCCUGGUGGCAUGGUACAAUUUAGUGAAUUACUCCGAACUUUACAACGAUCCAAGUCUUGUAAAAAAGAACUGUGGCAGCGACUAUGGAACUGUCUUGCGACACCAAAUAUGUAAACUUAAGGGGG